AUGGCCUAUCGAGACCGGGACCAGGACUAUCGUCGGUCCGCCGUCGAGUUUGACGACAUCCGCACUCGCACCGUUACCCGCAGCCCCGCGCCACCAAGAGCUCGCCGCGGCGAGUUUGAGGAGAUUGAUGUGCGCUUCCGUGAGCGAGAUGGCGAUCUGCCUGACUUCAUGAGAUCUCGACGGCCCGAGGCUGGCCCCAUGGUCCUGCGCCCGCGCGAAGAUCCCUACGAGCAGCGCCAGCCGCGCGAGCCUGUCUUCCGUGAGGAGCGCCUUGUGCGCCGCGCCCAGAGCGUCGCGCCCGAGGAAGAGAUUCGAUUCACCGAGAAGAUUCGCAGCCCCUCGGUUGCCCGGCGCAGGUCUCCCUCGCCCAGAGCCGGGGCCGUCCGAUAUGUUGAGCCCACCGACACUUCUGAGCACAUCCGCAUCAUUGAGAGAGAGCGUGAGCGUGAGCGGGUGCCCUCUCCGUCGCCCUCACCGCCACCAGCUCCUCCCGUUGUUCGCGGCCCCGUUAUAGAGCGUGAGGUUAUUACUCACUACACAGACAUUGACCAUGGCAUGAUUCAAGCCAGGCCGCCAUCCCCGCCUCCAGCGGCCCGGGCCCGGUCCCGCCCGAGAGAGCGCGAGACACGCGAGACUGACAUUGACAUUUCUCUGUCCAAGGGCCGCACUGGAGUGGAAGUUGACAUUCAUCGAUCCGCCAGCCGCACUCGCUCCAAGAGCCGUGAGAGGCGCUCCAGCCGCUUUUAUGAUGACGACAUUGUCGUCCGCCGCGACCUCAAAAUUGAUGAGACCAGAAGCCGUCGGAGGGCUCACUCAGCCGCCGCGCGCCCUGUUGAGGAUGACGAGGCUGAGUACAUUACGUCCAAGGUCGACGGCCGUGGACGAAUGGGCGAGGCUUGGGGAGGCGCUACCAGGGAUUGGGCCAUCGUCGAUGUGCCGCCCGGAACUGAGCGGAUACGCAUGGACGGUAUUGGCGGCGCAGCCACCGACACUACUUGGUCCAAGUACAGCGGCGUGAGGAGGACCAAGUUCGUCCCGGAGCGAGAGAGGGAUAUCAGAGAUGAUUUAUCCAACAGAGCCCCCUCUCCGCCUCCUGGUCUCGGCCGCGAGCGUGUCAGCGUGUCCGUCCUCGACCGUGACCGUGAGAUUGAAAUUGACAGAGUCACCGACAGGAGGCAGCCUAAGGAGAUGUGGACCGAGAUCACCAAGGACCUGGUCAUCCGAGAGGCUAUCGAGGAGCUCGGAUAUGAAUACGAGGAGACUGACAUGUUCUUCUAUGUCAUGGACUACAUGAAAUAUGAUGACGUUCUGAAGUUGACUGAGCUAUCUGAUGAUAUUCGACGAUCUAGGCGACAGCGAGCGCGCGAUAGCAUCCGGAUUGAGCGUGAUUAUUAUGAGGACAUUGACCGAAGGUCCUAUGACAGACGCCCAGCACCAACAGCCCCUCGGCGAGAUGACCGCGAGCGCAUCAGGGAAACGGAGGUGAUUUACGACCGUGCUCCCUCCGCUCGCUAUCGUUAA